AUCUGUUUCCGGUUGAGAAUCAGCUGUUUGGCUGAGCUAGCGCAGCUAGCGGCUGGAGCCGUUGGUUGAUUGCCCAUUGUUAGUGAAGGUUUCCCACUUUCCUAGCAACGGUAAACUGCGAUUGGAAGCAAUUUGAAGCGGUAUUUGUGCGCCUGCAACGCAGAAUCCAAGGUCUCUUGAGAAGGAAUACCCACACUUUUUGCUGUCCUGCACCGUGCGCCUUCAUUGGAUACGACGGUGCCUUUUGCUUAGUUUGCCAGUUAAUGCACUUUUUACUGUCCAUAUGAGUAAGGAAAAUGCCUAGAAAAGGUGGAUCAUCUGCCUUGGCAAGUCCACCACCUGAACCACGCUUUGCUCCUAAUGGAUAUCGUUUGCCUGACCCCAUCCGUGAGGGUGAGAUCCUCACAGAUGUCACUAAGAAGCAGUGGAGGUUGGGACGAUCUAUUGGUCUUGGUGGCUUUGGUGAAAUAUAUCUAGCUUCAGAUGACUUAAAAAAAGCUGUUGGUCAAGACUCACAAUAUGUUAUUAAAGUGGAACCCCACAAAAAUGGACCAUUGUUUGUUGAGAUGAACUUCUACCUUAGAGUUGCCAAAUCAGAUAUGAUUGAAUCUUGGAUGAAAGAACAUCGAAUGAAGCAGCUUGGUAUGCCAUGUUACUGUGGUUCUGGUUCUCAUGUUUUCAAAGGUGAACGAUAUAGGUUUCUUGUACUCCCCCGUUUUGGGAGCGACCUUCACAAACUCUUUGAAAAACACGGUCGCCGUUUCCACUUGCGUACUGCCUUGUCUAUUGGAAUCCAGAUACUUGACAUUUUGGAAUAUAUACACUCUCAUGGGUACAGCCAUUCAGAUAUCAAAGAUUCUAAUCUUCUUCUUGGCUUUGGAGCAAACCAGAGCGGACAAGUCUACUUGUUAGACUACGGUCUUGCUUCUAAGUAUGUGGACAGAUUAGGGCAACACAAAGAGUACCGUCAAGAUCUCCGUAAAGCUCACGAUGGCACUAUUGAGUACACAUCUAGAGAUGCUCAUAUUGGAGCCCAUUCUCGCCGUGGAGAUAUGGAAAUCCUGGGUUACAACAUGUUGCAAUGGGUUUGCAGUAAGUUACCUUGGGAAGAGGAUCUCAGUGAUCCAGAGAAGGUAGCUGAACAGAAACGAGAGUGCAUGAGCAAUAUUCCUCACUUUCUACGACUUUGCUUUCCAAAUGAUGAACCACCCUCUGUUCUUGUUUGGUAUCUUAAAUAUGUUGCUGGGUUGGGCUUCGACUCCAAGCCUGAUUAUGGACUGUGUAAGCAAAUGUUAAGAAAGGAAAUACGCAAGUUAGGUCUUACCUACAAUGGAGUCAUUAAGUUCGACUCUGCACCAAGGCCUCUAACUGCCAAAUCAAAAGCAAAGAAGCGCAAGGCAAGUGAAGAGCCAGAAAAUGCAGGGAAGGCUCCUCCUAAAAGACCUCUUCGCAGCAGUACUAGGCAGCCUUGUGCUCAGCAGAAUUGCAAUCGCUUGACUAGAGGCUCUCAACCUACUCAACCAGUUCUACGUUCACAGCAGCAAUUCAGUUGGGAGAAAGUCCUUUUAAGUGAUCCUGAAAAACAGUUCAGAGUUCAAGCUGAAAGACUUAAACAGACUAAAAUGAAAAGGACUAGGCUCCUUAGUUUGACCACUGUAUUAGAGAGGUCGGGCAGCAUAGAUCCUGUUAGCAAUCUUGUCAAGGACCCUCUUUUGUCUCCUGCUAGUGCUCUUCAGCUUGCAACUGAUGCAGAAAGUCUGAAGAACCCAACACCUGCGAUGCUAGAACAAAUAGAAAGGAUGCGCAUGAAAAGAGGAAAUGUUAGUCCAACCAAUGGCUCUCGCAGCAAGACCAAGAGUGACAGCCGCUGCAGUAGUCCCAUUGACAACCCGAGUAUGCUUACUCCAGCUAUGGAGAAAGUUAUCAAGCAACGGGAGGCACAUUGCCUGAACUUUCACUAUGGAGAUAGUGAUAGUGAUGAGUGUAGUUCAGAAUCCUCUAGUUCAGAGCAUAUGCCAGUUUAUCGUAUCAAGGUACCUAGUGGACGUCCAGGAACUAGAAUAGGACUCCGGAACAAAGCUGGGGUAAGAAGACAGUCCUGUGAUACCUUCAGUAGUCACAGUGAUAGUAUUGAAUUUGUUAAUGCCCAACUUAUCUCCUCCAACAAGAAGCGGCAAACACCGAACCGCGCCCCAACCCGCAAAAACAAGCUGUCCUCAAGACAGCUUUCAAAUGGUGCUAUUGCUGCAAGGAAGAAAAGUCACGCCAUAACCAAGAAAUAUCUCAGAAGUUGCCCAAGUCUAAGGAAUACCACACUACAAGGCUGAGUUUCUUGUUAAGCUGUAUUUCUCACUGCCUCCUAUUUAGAGACUAGUUUAAUGAUAGACAGUAUUUGUUGCUUAACUUUAAAUAAAUGUGUUUAUACAUGGGUUUUGGCCAUUCUCUGCUGUAUUCCUUCGAGUUUCCCCUUAGUUUUCUAAAUAAUAUGUGCAUACUUCUAUUUUGGCCAAUCUCAUAGCUUUAAUUCUGGACCUGGCAAUACUAGUUCAAGUAUCCUAUUGGUCAGCUAAGUUCAGUAUUGUUUUGUUUUGUUACUGACCCCCGGCCUUCUUUUGUAAUGUAAUUUAAUCAUUGGUUGAAAUAGUCUGCUUGUCUAGCAAGCGUAGGCUUAGAUACACUUUAUUUUUCUGCCUUUUGAACAGAUAGUUUAUUAAAUCAUUUCUGCAAAUUUGUGUUGUCUGCUAGAUCUUGCAGAUUGUAAAAAAAUUAGACUAAAAAAAAUUUUUAAGUUAUUUUUUUUAAAACUUUUUGUUUUGUGUACAUUUUUUUUUGUUCUGAAUUGAUUUGUUAUUCCAGAUUUCAGUGUGUAUAAGGGAACCCAAGUUGUCUUGAACUUCAAGUGUUACAAUAUGUCAUACUUACCCAAGAAAAUCUUGCUGUCUAAACUGACUGAUUUUAAGUUUAAACUUCUGCAUCUGUAGGGAAAAUUGGAAGAUAUCACAGUUUGUGGACUGAUAAGACUUUCUAACUAUGUAAAUGUUAAGUGCAAUUUACCAUAUUCAUUUAACUAUGUUGUGUGUUUAUUGUUAAACAACGGCAUUGUUAAAAGUUUUGCCCAUCCUAUUGGGAGUAAAUUUAUUGAUAUAUGUAGGUUUUUUAUGUGAUUAUAUAGAGCAAGGAAGUUAAAAUGACAAUCACUUCCUUCAUGGCUUAGACUAUGCAAGUUUUGUUGUCAUUUUUACUACCUUACUCUGAAAUUCGGUUUGUGUAACUUUGUCAGGCCAUUUCCUUGUGUUGAAAUGACUGAGGAUCAACUCCAGAGCUCAUUUGUCUUUGACUUUCACAUCACCUUUCCUGUUUUAUCUCCAACAGGAUAGCUGGUCAACCAUUCCUGAGACUGAGUUUGGUAGCUGAGUAUCAGCUGAACUUAAGGGUUCUAUUACUUGUGAGACUGAAGGUGAUGAAAGGCUAUUAAUGUACUUUCCAGCCAUAUGGGGGUACUGAAAUGAGCAGCUCUAGUUUUAUGUCUCUUUGACAGUUAGGCCAUGAGAACAGGGCAGCCCCUCUCAUGGUUUCACCUCUCACAACUGUAAGGAGAGUGGAGUGAAGUGCCUGUGGUUCUCUGGCUCCCAAUUUGAUCUUAAGGCAUCAGUUUUUUGCUUAAUAUACCAAGUAACACACUCCUGUGUCAUCAAUUCAACCAUGUCAGAUCUUCAGGAUCACCAAUUCUUUACUUUGAAUAUACUUGUUUCAAAUUUAUGGCAGUAUGCAAAGCUAAAGUAAAGUUGUUGGCAGAAGGCAACAGUCCAUUGUCUGAUGUGACCACUUAAUGCCUUCUAUUCUUUCUGUUUACUUGCUCAGCUACCCUUUGCUGCAUUUUGGACAAUAGUUUUCAUAUGCCUUACCUAACACAUUGUUUUUUUAACAAUUAAAGACUGACCACAGUAAUGCUCUGAAAAUUGCUACUUGUGACCAUCUUCAUAUCUGUGUCUUACUUAUUGUAGCCUUUGGCUAGUAAAUGUUUAUUGUUAAAAUCAUGUGCAAUGCUGCUUUAUGUGAAUCAGAUUAUAUUACUAACCUAAAAGUCAUCUAACGUCUGUAUUAAAGUGGUGUUUGUAGUUUUACUCAUUAUUGGUAGGUGAACUAUAACAAAAGUCACUUGGUCAAAACAAAAGCCACGUAGUCAAAUCUUGUUUUACAUAUUUAUUUGUUGAAAAUUAUUGAGAUGUUUAUUUCUUUUUAAUUGAUUUAUGAUUUAUUUUUCUUUGUUUCAAUGUUCUGGCGGGAGAUUAAAGUGCUUUUCUCUUGUUCACCUAUGAAGCAAGUUCUUUUUGCCUCUUGAAAAGUAAGCGACAAGCUAUUGUGCUCCUCCAGAAUUCACUGUGGGCUGAAGAGAGUUAUUAGCAGCUGCAUCCUGCCAGUGCAUCCUGCUAACAACUCUCUUGUGGGCUGCAAUACAUAAUUGGCUUGACCUCAAAUUACCCUGUAAGUUAAUAUUUUUAUGUACUGGGUUUAUGCUUCCAAAACCUUAAAUUAGUCAGAAGUUUUCAAAAUUAUCUAUUCUGUUUGUUGGCAUUGUGUCCAUCUUCCGUAAGUGAAAUGCUUAUAAUGAAUCUAAGCUAGUCAUGGGUAACACCCAUCACUCAAAUCUGCUUAAUUUUCUACAUCACAACAAAAUUUUCCAUAAUUUGAUUCAAAUGCUCUCCACAAUUAAAGUCCUCUGCCUUGGUUGUGUAUUUCUUGUACUUAGCUAAUGGUAGAUUUCAUGGUGUUUGAAUUCUAAUAAUGCUAUGCUCUUUUUUUUUAUGGUAGUGCUGGACAUGGUAGUGCGUGCAUUCAUUAAAACUACAUUAUCUUGUUUCAA